AUGGAUGAGCUUUUGCACUUACACCAAGGGCAUUUCAUGAACCUUUCGCCUCGAAGGCGCCAUGAUAAGCGGGAGGAGUUGGACGUGGAAGCAGUAGAAAAUACGCAGCAGGAGAGAAAUAUAUCAGACCGCGGUGGAAGCCCAAUGAAUUCGAGGAACAGUGAUUCUGGAACUGGAACUCCAACCAUCGUGCGAAGGACCAGACCGACGAAGCUUCCUCUGCCCAGGGAUCUCGCAAGCAAAGCCAAGGAACAACAAAAAGAUAAACCUGCUACGCCUCAACAUCGGGACUAUGGCUCUCUCGGAAACGUCCGACCAAGGAAGUCGCCUACAACUUUAUUAUACAGCAGUCCGGAGGAGGUGACGGACAAAGAUCGAGAGCAAUAUUGGCGGAAGGUCAGGGAUAAGUUCGAGAGGGAAUCCCCCUCGGCGAAGAGCCAAGAGAAAGAUAAAGAGAAGGAGAAGGACAAGCACAAAGAGACUUACUACGGAGCCUACAAAAAGAUCAUAUCGCUGGCCAGCUCUCCAAAGAGCGAACUGGUCAAACAGAGACUGAGGUCGGCCGGUGGCGACCUACGGGGAAGCCCAAAGUCGCGGAUUGCGAGCCCCAUCAUCCAUCCUCGGCUUCGUCCAGGCUACAGCUCUCCCAGCAGAUUUGACAACCAGUUCAUCAGUCAAGGGAAGCGACAGCUCAGUGGAGUUCAACGAAAGAAUUCUGAUACGGACGAGAGCAUUCUGCACUUUUCUACGGACAAGGCGGAUAACGCUACCGACUCGUCGAUUAAUUCUCACUCUUCUCUGUCACCCGUGUCGGGCCCGAGCAGCUCGUUGACGGAAUGGGAGGACAAAUUCGUUGUCAACAUGCCAUCCGCCAAAGAGCCAAACCCACCAACAAUGAGUGCACAGCAGAUUGCGGAAUUCCAGCAAAGCAUCGAGCGGGUGCACAACGACGGGGGUGCCAUGCUUGAUCCAGACUCUCUGCCUAGUCCCCGUACCGGGACGCCCGAAGACAAGGAUUUGUCUGCUGUACAGCCUGCGAAGCCGACCUCGUUUGACGGUCAAGAUCCUCCUCCCCCACCUCCCCAUUCGGCGGGGGUUGAGGAAAGUCCGCCAUCCCAACCAAAACAUCCGAGGUACUACUGUCCCGAUGAGAUCGGCAAAAAUCGCAUCAGUACAAUAUGGGAAGAAUCUGCCUUGAAAUCCGGAAAGGAUGUACCAAAUGUCAAUCCGGAUGGCUCUUUUUUAGGGUGCAAGGAGAUCAAUGGGCCCAACGACAAGAACCCGGACGAGAUCCUCCUGUUUUCGCCCGUGGAUCGUCCCCGGGUAGUCGAUGUGCCGAGUCCUAUGUCCAGAAGCCCCAAGGAAAGGAAGAUUCAAGUGGUCCGCCAGAGGAAUCCGGACAUCGGAGAGAAGACCGUGGCUCGAGAAGAAUGGAAACCAGGUACUCCGAAUUUGAAACUUGUCCAAUGCUCGAAGCCAUCACCGAGGACCGUGUGCCGCGAGACCAGCUGCCAGCAACCAGAAAAGACGGCCCAGGACUCGAGCAAAGCGGACCGCGAGUCCCCGCCACCUUUAGGCAAGCGCCUCGAGGACAGAAAACCGACUCCCAGGGACGACGAUGUGUUCAUUAUCACACCCACUAUCAUACGCACUAUGGUGAGCAUGUCCGAUAUCGAGGGUGCGGCGCAGAAGGGACCUCCCGUCGGAAUACCCACGUCGCGCACUGCAGGCGACAUUAUCACCGACGCUCGGGCAAGACCGCAAGGAAAGCCUUCGCCACUAGGACUGAGACGCGUGGCACAAAACUCGCAGGAAAAGUCAAACGUAUCGUCGCCCGUGCCCUUGCGAAGUGCUCCUGUGCGGAGUAUCCCCGUGGUCAAGCAUCGAGCAGAAGCCGGAAUGCGCAAGGUCGAACAGUCCCGAGAUAUGCGUGGGUUCAUCCGUAUGCCAGGCACGACACUGCCGUCUGCAGAAAGUCAGGCAGAGCGCACCGGAAAUAACCCACCACAAUCGCGUGCUUCGAGCACUGGAUCGAGCAGCGAGAACUCGCAAGUGAGACGAGUUACGGACUCCGGUCAAGGCGGCAGGUCGUCACUGGUUGUUAAUAUCUCUCCAGUCGGUUCGAUCGACAGAGGUCAGCCAGAUGGUGGUAAGACAGUGCCAGAAACGACUAAGGUGAUAGAAGUAGCGGAACUGGACGGAUUACAAGUGGUAGAACACAAAGCAAAGACGCCGCCGCCUCGAAUCACUCCGUUACACGCUGAUCCGCCGAACAUGGAGAUGGAGAUGGAGGUGGCGAGUCCCACCAAGAGUGCGACAAAUGCGCUGACCCUCGCUCUGAUCUUGGAAAUCUUCGUCCUAUCAGCCGCUCAAAUGGAGGCCCUCUGGCAGAGACUCGUGUCAAAUCGGCAUUCCAAGACCGCCCUGCUCAAGAUUGCCAUUAACAGCGUUCUGCAGAUGCUCGAGCAUUGCCUUCAGGUUCUCCGCACAUGGUUGACAGUCUUUUCCGUUUACAAUGCCACUGGGGUCUGGCCACGACCGGCAGAAGGCGAUCUCGCUCGGUCUGUGACGGAUAUCUGUCAGGCGAUCGCUUACCUCGUUGUUCUGUGUUUUAUGAUGAUGGUUGUUGAACGGGCAGCCGGGUACAUAGUCCUUGUUGGAAGUUGGGUUGUAUGGUUUGCGAAGCCUUUUGGAUGGUUCUUUGUAGCGAUAGGAAGGGCUCUCUUUACAUGA